ACCCCGCUGUCGGACCGCAAGUCAGGAUGAUGGCGUCAGCCGUGGCCGGCGGCAAGGGCAAGAAGUCACUGACCCUGCGAGGGGUGGACCCCGAGACGUGCAUGAUCGUGUUUAAGAAUCACUGGACCCAGGUGGGCGCGGUCCGCCAAACGCCAUCGGCAUCGCGUGACGGCUCAUGUCGCUCAUCGGCUCUCCUGGGCCUUCAGGUGGUGAAGAUCCUAGAGAAACAUGAGCCGAGUCGCGGAAGCGCAAGCGCCCGGAGUUUCCUCUCCGGCCACGGCGGCGCCCGACCCGGCUCCAUCCCGCCCGACGAGGCCAGCGCCGUCCAGAACUACGUAGAACACAUGCUGUUCCUGCUCAUGGAGGAGGAGGCGGGUCAAGGAGGAGCAAUGGGUCCGAUUUUGGAGUUUGUGGUUCUGGAGGGUGUGAUGGAGCGCCUGUUCCUGUGGAGCUUGAGGAGACAGUUCACAGAGGACAUGAAAGUGGAGCAACUCAGGAUGUACCAGAUGCUCCUGACCCGGGCCCACCAGCCGCUCCUGCACCACAAGCCCCUGCUGCGACCGCUCAUGACGCUGCUAGCCUCCUGUGGCGGGGCCAGCACAGACGCCGGCAGUCGCGUGGAAGCAGAACUGGUCCUCCUGUUGAACCAGCUGUGCGUAGCUCUGGUGAAGGACCCCUCGGUGCUGGAACUGUUCUUCCACAGCAGCCAGGACCAGGGUGCUGCCAACUUCCUUCUCUUCUCCCUGCUUAUCCCGUACACGCACAGACAAGGUCCGGUCGGUCAGCAGGCCCGAGAAUCUCUUCUCCUCAUCAUGUCGCUUUCUGCGUCCGAUCCUCGUGUGGCCCAGCACAUUGCGCAGAACACGUACUUCUGCCCGGUUCUGGCCACGGGUCUUUCCGGCCUCUACUCCUCUCUGCCGGCCAGGUUGCAGGUUUACAGCGAAGACUGGCACUGUCUGGACCGGCCGGACUGGCAACAGGUUCCUGCUCUUGUUCACUUUGUGCAUUCGCUCGAAUUCUGCAGCGCCGUCACCAGCGUGACUCAUCCAUCCAUUCGCUGCCAGCUGCUGAGUUACAUCCACAAUGGCUUCUUGGUGCCCGUGUUGGCUCCUGCCCUCCAUAAGCUGACAGUGGAGGAGGUCAUGACGACCACAGCCUACUUGGACCUGUUCCUGCGCACCAUCUGUGAACCAGCGCUCCUGCAGACCUUCCUGUCCUUCAUCCUGCUGCACACCCACGACAAUGUGCACAUCCUGGACACGCUGGUCAGCAGAAUCAACACACCCUUCCAGCUGGGCACAGUGUCGCUGGCACUGUUCAGGACACUCAUCGGUCUCUUCUGCGAGGACGUCAUGCUGCAACUCGUCUUCAGGUUCUUGAUUGCUCGCGGCCACCUGAGCAGGAAGAGGCGCUCCUCCUUAACGCACAAGGCCUGGUGCUCCUCCAGCGCCGCCUCCUUCCUGCUCCUCCUGCCCUCCUGGUCCCCCGUCCAACUGCCGAACACAAACGCUCCCUCGGAGCACAUUCGCUGGCCCAAAGGAGCAGAUGUGUUGGAAGAUGACAGCGUCGGUUACUGGCGAGGCUCAGACUUCCUGAUGGAAGUCAACUACCUCCACUACCUCUCAGACGCCCGACAGGCCAUCGCUGCCUCUAACAGUGCAUGUCAGCGGUGGUCGGCCCCUUACGACGGUCACAAUCCGCCGCCGGCCCCGGACCGAUCUGGCAUAGGAGAUGACACCGUCGAGGAAGACAUUGAACAGGGACUAAAGAGCAACUCUGCUGCCGCUUCCUUGGCCUCGUCAUCUGUGGAUGUCGUCUCCAAGAGUAACCAGGCAGGAAGAGCCGGCUCUGCUCUGGAGCUAGAGUGGGAUGACCUUUUUGUGGACGAGGAUCAGUCAUCGUUGGGUGGCAGCUCUGUCGCACCUUUACCACCGCGCCACAUCCAAGAGAUGCGACGCAACGCCAUCAAGCUGGUGCGUGGCGCCUACGUGGAGGAGGGUGAAUUUGAGGAUGACAUUUUGGUCUACAACCUUGUCGCGCAAAAAGACGCCAAGGCUGCCAUUUUGGAAAGAAGGAUGGCUCCAAAAGGACGAGGGCGUGGAGGUGGCGUCCCCUCUGCGACAUUGGGAAGGACGGUACAUGAAACGGUUAACUGCAUCAUGUCCUCACGGAGGAUGAGCGAGGACGGCGGAAAGGAGGAUAAGAGGACUGAGGACUACAGAAGCCAGUCGAGGAAGAGAUGCGAGGACCUCACCGACGCAAUUACUGCCGUUUGUAAUGCGGACUCCGAACCGCACCUACCAAAUCACAUUGUCUUCAACGGCCAUCCAUUGGUGACAAACACAGACUCCAAUCUGCUUGACAACAGAGUCCAGCAGAACGACGACGACUUUCUGUCCCAGUACUACGAGCUGAUGCACGCUCUGGGGGCCGAGCCGGAGUGUGAAAACAUCCCAGACGACGUCUCCAACUUUAGGAGGCGCGUUCAGAAGCUGAAGCAAAGACUAGCAGAGGAGGAUUGUGGUGAGAGAGAAGAAACGGAAGAGGAGAGGAUGGACGAGGAGGAGGAGGAGGAAGAUGGGGAAAGGCACGGUGUUCCGUUUACAGGACCCUUCAUCAGCGUCCUGCUAUCCCGGCUGGAGAAUCUUCUGGACAACUCCAUCGCCGUCAACCUGCUCGUGACUGGCAUCCUGGCUCAGAUGGCGUCGUACCCGCAACCUCUGCUGAGAGCGUUCCUGCUCAGUACACAGACACACCGGCAGCCUGGUGUGCGUACACUGUACCAGGUGCUGAUGUCACUUCAUGGCCAAAUCGAGCGCUACAUACGAGGCCGGCCAGAGUACCCUGCCUUGGUCACACAGGCGUGGAGGUUCUUGCUGGCAAAAGACCAGGACAGCAAGCUCAGAGAAAGCCUUCCGUCUCGGGGAAGCGAAGAUCCUGAACGUCCACUCCCCAACGGCUCCAUGAGGAACUCUCUAGCGGUACCCCACCUCGGUCUCCUGCCGCCCUGUCCAGCCAUCCCGCCCCAAGAUAAGAGCAGAAUUUUUGCCGUUGUCCUCUAUGCCGAAUUCCUUAAGGAGUUGGCCGCCAUCGCCUUGGAACAGAGCAUCGCUGCAGACUGGAACACGGAGGAGUAGAAUUGAAAGAAAUCUGUUUGUGUGUUUCUAUGUCCUGGAAUCCCUUGAAUUUUUGGAUGCUCUAGCAAAACUGACCCUUAUUUUCUUUGUACCUUUUUUUUCUGUAAAUCACAAUUCAUGUUGUAAAUUAAAAUGAUAUGGACGAAAGAG